UCGGCUAUUGAACAAAGAAAUCCUACUGUCCUUAAGCCAACUACAUAUUUUACAGAAAUGAUGUCCUUAUAUCCACAGAUACCAACAAAAAAUGUAAGUUACUUCGAAAAAUCGGAAAAUUUACUUCGAAUGCCGAAGAAAUACUACGAAGAUAGGAAGAGAAAACGAAAAACUAUAAAAAAACUACCAAAGAGAACCGUACAGAAGAUAAUAAAGAAAAGCAAAACGAAAUAUAGGAGAAAUUUCAACCUAGCGACGAUGCAGCCAACGCAAGUAUCGAAUCUAAUAGACAAAUCUUUCUCAGUACUAAAUAACGAAGUGACAACACAGAUGAAUUUAAGAAAGAAAUCACGGAAGAAUUUGAAGCUAAUGAGGUACCCAAUGCCAUUCCAAAAGUUACCUUUUCACUAUAGAUACAAGAGAGAAAAUGAUAGAGACGUGUAUAUAUUAAAAGAUUUAGAUGAAAUCCAAUUCCUUAGUGACGAAGACGGCUAUGAUGUAGUAAAGGCACAUGUCAAAAAUUAUUGGUAAAAGAAUUGGAUCUUCUUUGUGACUAUAUUUUUUAUUAUUGGAGGAACAAUGUACCAGUUCGGAAUUGGUUAU